UUUUAAGAAACACAUGAAACAGGUGAUCAGGCCAGCGGGGCUUGCAACGCUGUCCACUGGACAUAACCCAAGGUGGGCCCUGAGUGCCCACUUAACCCAAGGUGGGCAAACCCACGUGGGGCCACCAUGGAAACUGGAAAUUUUAGAAAACCUGUCCACAAUAGUGAGAAUGACUGCAUGUGAAAUGGGUAGACCUGUGACAAAAUCCAUGGAAAUAUGAGACCAGGGUCACUUAGGAACUGUUAGAGGGUGUAUAUGACCAGAGUGGGCCAACAGACACUUGUAUACUCCAAUCAAACUCAUAAUAGAGUAAAAAUAAAUGUUUUUAAUUAAACAUUUAAGGAAUACAGUGCAAAAAUAUUAAAUAGAACAUAACACAAUUCUAAAUAUAAUUCACAAUUAUUCUUAAGUUUUAAACUAGCGUUAAAAACAAGAAUAGAAGUUAUUUUAAUACUUUUUACAAACUGGUAAUGAAGAUAAACCGAAUAAAAAAACCACAAACAGAUGAAGAAAAAUAAAUAAAUAAACAGAAUAAAAUAAAAGUAAAAAUGCGAAUUAAUUUAUGCAUUUAGACCGAAUAAUUACAUGUUAAUCAUUUGUUGAGUAUUUUUUUAAUAGAUUAAUCUUAUAAAGAAAUUUUUUUUUCCUUUUCUUUAAGCUUUAUUGAAUACAAACAGAUUUACAGAAAAGUAAGACAAAUGCAUCUAAAACAAAGCAAUGACAAUAAUAAUAGUCCAACAUAGAAAAAUUAUAGCAGGGGAAAUAAGAGUGAAAUGUAAAGUAUAUAACUUACAAUGGAAGGCAAGAGUAAGGGAAAAAAAUACACAAGAGAAGAUAAUUUAGUCUUCAAGUAUAAAGGCACAAAGUUCAACAGUAUGGUAUGCUUUGGUGGUUUGAAUCAUUUUGGCGGUGCUAUAAAAUUAAUAUAGUUCAGCAAUACAACCAAAAAAAUUAGGGGAAGUUUUUCUACUUCUGCAUUUGUGUAAAUAAAAUUUGGUAAGAAAUAAUAAUAAAUUGAAAAUAUUCUCUAUUUUUUAUUAUCAAAACUAAAACAAGUCAUAAUAUGUUCCAAAUUUAUUUUACAAAAUGUUUUUUUUUUUUUUACAAAAUGUUUUUGUUAUGAGCCUCAGCAUGUCUGAUGACGUAAGCCGUUAGCAAGACACCUAUUGGCUGGUUCGGGACCGGAAAUUGACUCCAACCAGCUCCUUUUCUGUGCUCCGUGGCAUUUCGUAGCUGCACCGACAGCUGCUGCUUCCACCGUAAACACGCGGCUUUAACGCAAGGAAGGAAUGAACCAAAAUACAACCAAGAACCUCCCAUGGAAGGACAGAUGAUCUUCAGCUGAAGAUGAUCUUCAUGCAUUUUGAUGUCAGUCCUGAGAGGCAUGGAGGCGUGUUCUGAAUGAUGUAAGCGGAGGAGACGAGGAUGAAGUCCUUGCCGCUCUAGUCUGAUGAGGACGUCAUGCCCCGGCGCGGGUUGCCGUUUCAGGGCCGGGUCCGCUGGCUCUUGUUGGGGCUCUUCCUGUUGCUGGUGCUGCUGUUGUUUGCAUACAUGCUGGAGUGCACGCCGCCUGCAGAUGUGAGCCUAGUUCUGCCCGGCCCGGACGGAGGGAACUAUGGGAAGGAGUACUACCAGGCUCUGCUGCAAGAGCAGGAGGAGCGCCACCUGAACCGGGCCUCCAGCCUCAAGCGGCAGAUUGCUCAGCUGAAGCAGGAGCUUCAGGAGAUGAGUGAGAAAUUAAAACUUCUGCAGGACAAGAAGGAGCCCCCUGGAGUUCAGGGCCUCGGAGAGAACAAGGACCAGGAGCCGGGGGACUUGUUGGAGUACUUGCACUCCCAGAUCGACAAAGCGGAGGUCAACAUGGGGGCACGUCUGCCAAGCGAAUACGCUUUGGUGCCUUUUGAGAGCUUCAGCUCAUCUAAGGUGUACCAGCUGGAGAUGGGGCUGACGCGGCAUCCGGAGGAGAAGCCGGUCCGCAAAGAUCGCCGGGACGAGCUGGUGGAGGUCAUCGAGGCCGCGCUGGACAUCAUCAACAAUCCCGACGAAGAGGACGGGGUAGAAGACGACACCCCCAUGCAGAGGCAGACCUACACAGACGCUCAGUUUAUUGAAGGACUCUACAGAACGGAGCGAGACAAAGGGACGCUUUAUGAACUCUUCUUUGCCAAAGAGGACUCCAGCAGCUUUCGACACGUCACCCUCUUCAGGCCGUUCGGGCCGAUCAUGAAGGUCAGGAGCACGUCUGUGGAGACGUCCGGAAUCAUCAUCAACAUCAUCGUGCCGCUGGCGGGCCGAGUCGACACGUUCUCUCAGUUCCUACAUAACUUCAGGGAGGUGUGUGUACAGCAGGACCGGCGGGUACAUCUCACCGUGGUUUAUUUUGGGCGGGGAGGUCUCCAGGAGGUCACGUCAUCUUUAGAGAAAAUGUCCAGAGAGGAAAGGUUCUCCAAUUACACGCUGAUCCCAGUGGAGGAAGAGUUCUCCAGAGGCCGAGGUCUGGAUGUUGGAGCUCAUGCUUGGAAGGGAGGCGACGUCUUGAUGUUCUUCUGCGACGUGGACAUUCAUUUUACGCUGGACUUCCUCAACAGCUGCCGCCUCCACACGGCUCCCAACAAGAAGGUCUUCUACCCUGUGGUGUUCAGUCUGUACAACCCGGCCAUCGUUUAUGGGAAUCUGGAGCUGGCUCCUUCUGUCGACCAGCAGCUGAUCCAUAAGAAAGAUGCCGGGUUCUGGAGAGACUUUGGGUUUGGGAUGACCUGUCAGUAUCGCUCCGACUUCUUAAACAUUG